GCAAUGUGGGGCAACGUCGAGUUCCAAGUGGAUCCGAAGGGCUUCCAAGAGCGCAAGGCGCGGGUCCAGCGGGAAUACUUGUCCCAAAUCCAGGUAAGGACCAAGGUGGACACGCAGGCCCGGGGCCGCGCCGACGAGGGGGUAAACGUGCUGGAGCCGAUUUCGCGGGAGAAACAAAACCGGCAAACAAUCAUGCGUGCCUCUGGCGAGAUUACGAACGCCCACAGCGCGCAGUGCUUGCUGAUCCGGGGCACGAAGGACUACGCCGCGAUCGCAGACAAUCCGUACUUACUGAAUAACCCGACGCUCGCGAAGAAGCGAGAGGAGUUCCUCGCCGGCGGCGGGCGAAGUAGCAGCUCAAACUCCAACGCAAAGCGAAACUGGACCGGCGCAAAGUCGAAGCUCUUGUACGGCAGCUUCUUUCUGUUUUUGAUUUAGGCUUCACUUCUUGUCCAUGUUCUUUUUUCGUAUCUAUGCAUCGAUAUUAGCAUCUGAUGCUACAUUCUCUGGCCCGGACAACUCGUGAUUUGCAAAAACAUUUUUUUUUUAUAAUAUAGCUACUUCGGCGAUCCUUCUGCUACGCCUGAGUCAGAUAGUUACUUUUGGUCCCCCUUGGGGUAGCUCCUGAUGUAGGUAGGUAGGCUAGCUAUCUGAUGAACUUGAAGAAGUUGCCACGGCCGAGAGUCAUCACGAUCGUCAGGAACGAGCGGCGCCAUCGCGCAUCCGUUCCCCUAAGCAUCGCCUUGCCAGAUUUUGAGUGGUCGGAAGAACGCACCUUCGUUACAAGUAAGCAAGUUGGCGUGACAAGUUCAAUGUGAAGAAUAGAUUUGCAUUACAAGUUCACGACGACUUGCCCUCCCGAUGUGGGCUGGUUGGGGGCCCGAUAGGGAUAUCCCUUACAGGGGGGGUGAAGGGGUAUAUGGAUUUUCGGGCGAAGGGGGGGAUCAAUCAGGGGGAUCAUUCAGGGGGAUUAUGAUCCCCCCUGAUGAUCCCCUCAGAAAUGCGGCAAGAAAAAUUCAGCAUAGCGCGCAGGCUAGCUGCAAAAGGGGGGGGAUCGAAAGAGGGGAUCUUUAUCCCCCCCCAAAUCGGGGCGGAUUUUGGGGGAUCGGCAGGGGGGAUCGUCAGGGGGGAUCAUCAUAGGGGGGAUGAACCAUCCCCCCCCCCGGGGGGUGAACCAUCCCCCUGGAAGGAAAAACACGCAAGACAUGCGCCAUCCGGGAUCGCGUCAUACAGGUUUCCGCAUCCGGGCUCGAUGGUUAUCUCCUCCGCCUUCGGGCGGGCCAUGCACGCGGCGCUAUUAGUGAUCGCGAGCGCCUUCAAGUGGAAGGGCGCCCGCUUCAGCUUCGCCUGGUUUUCGGCAGUGCAGCGGCAACAGCCGGAGCCGGAGACCCUACUUCUACUUCAUUACCUAGCUACAUUAUCUAUCUAGUUUAGUAGCUCCCUUGAGCUAGAUAAUGGAUACGUAAUCACUUUGAGGGCGGGCAAAGGUUCGCCAAAGUAGCUAUAUGAAAAAAAAAAAAUGUUUUGUCAAAUCACGAGUUGUCCGGGCCAUACAUUCAAUUUUGCACCAAAAUCAAUUUCGGCGACAUCAUUAUCACCGAACUCCGUUAAACAAAUAGCGAGACAUCUUCAUUAUCAGCGAAAUACGUUAGACAAACACGCACACAUCAGUUCUCUUUCGAAGUCUCGUAUUAUGGGUGGAGAUGCCAAGCAGAAAGCCGAGGAGAGGCGGCGAAAGUAUCUAGACAACCCGGACUCGUCCGACGCGGAGGAGCCCCCUAAUGCGGCGUGCCUAGCCAUGAUUCGCUGCAUCGAGAAGGUGCGGACGCAGAUUAAGGGGCUGAAAAUUCGAGAUGAACUGAUUGACAAUUUGCUGACCUUCGUUACUUCCGAUUUCAUGGGCGAGCGGACCCGCGGCAACGCGCGCGCCAACGAGUGGUGGACGGAGCUGGGGGUGGCGGAGCACGUGGAGCCCACCGAGCGAACGGGCAAGUGCGAUCGGGUGCUGGGGAAGCUGAAGGCGCAUGAGAAGAGCAAAGUGAAUGUCAGUAAAGUAGAGACGGUCUUCCCGGGCGUGGGCUAUGUCAAGCGGCCAACGGAG